UCCCCCUUCCAAACUGGACUGCCCUGAAUGAUCAUAGCUUAAUGGCUGAUUAACAAGAGAAUUUGUGGGCAAUUAAAAGUUUUUAGUCCAACCUCAGCUUUUUUCUUUUUCUUUUUUCUUUUUUUGUUGCGCCGGAGGAUCUUUGCGGCGCGCAGAGACUUUAAUCUUCGGAUGCGGCGGGAGGAGGUGCGUGGUGUCCGGGGGAGGAGGAGAGGCGCACACCGCAUGUAGGAUGAUGAGGUGCCUCUGAUGGUCACCUGUCGGACAGAUGGGGGCCGACACCAGUAGAAGCAGCAAGAAGGGCGCUGUCGAAGGGCAGGUGGAGGAGCGCUGCUCCUCUGGGUGGCGCGGCUUCCUCUCCAGCGUGGGCCUGUCCAUCCCGGCAGGCCUCUGCCGCCUGGCCCCGCCCGCCCUGCGCCUGCGCCACCAGCGGAUGCUCCACGGCAAGGCGUCCGACAUCCCGGAGCACGUGCUGCGGCUGGCCGGGGUGGGCCCCGACAAGCUGAGGGCCGAGUGGAGUCUGCCGGCGUUCAUCAACAUGUUCCUACCCGAGUUCCCCCACCGGGCUUUGCCCGGCCACGAACACUUCCAGGUCCUGGGUUACAUCGCUAAAGGGUCCUUCGGCCCAAUCCUGAAAGUGAAGGACAGGACCAAACAGAAAACAUACGCUGUCAAAGUCAUACCUAAAUCAGAGAUUCUGCGGCUUGGUGUCUUGGAGCAGUCUAAAGAAGAGGUUAUCGUUCAGCGUCAGGUUCGCCACCCGUUUGUCCAUGACCUCCAGGACUGUUGGCAGACACAGCGCCACCUCUACAUUAUGUGUGACUACUGCAGCACAGGAGACCUGUACACAUACUGGGUGAUGAUUGGUCAGUUCACAGAGGAUGCCGUGAGGAUUUUCGGAGCAGAGUUGGGCUGUGCUCUAGGAUUCCUUCAUGACUUUGGGAUCAUCCACAGAGAUGUGAAGUUGGAGAACAUCCUGCUGACAGACAGCGGACACCUCCGCUUAGCUGAUUUUGGUUUGUCCCGACGUCUGGAGCGCGGAGGACGGGCCUUCACCAUCUGUGGGACCAUCCAGUAUAUGGCCCCAGAGGUGCUGAGCGGUGGACCGUACAACCAUGCAGCUGAUUGGUGGUCUUUGGGCAUCCUUCUUUUCUCAUUGGUUACUGGCAAGUUUCCUGUGCCUGCAGAACCAGACCACUGUAGUAUGCUGAGGAAAGUACGCUAUUUCCCCUAUGAAAUGCCCUUCAGCCUCAGCCCCCAGCUGGCCCUGCUCCUCACUGAGUUACUGUGCAAGACUCCCACCCGUCGGCUGAGGACCCUUGAUCGUUUCAAACGCCAAACCUUCUUCCAUGGGAUGACCUUUGACCUUGCCCUGCUACAGCGUCAGCCUGUGGAGGUGAUCCUGGAGCUGAGAGAGAGACCGGACCGGUCGGCCAAGGCCCGGCGUGGACUCACAUUGUCUCUGCAGCCCCUCAAGGGUUUUGAUUACGACUCACUGCUCAGCCCUCCCGCCACGCCAGACACACACCUGGACACUGACACACACACUAACCCCGCCACCCCCCUGCCUGGCCCACCAUCGCCACCUGUACUGUUUCCUCAGGAAAAGGGUCCAAACAGAGAAGUGUUUGUGUGA